CAUUUAUACACCGGUUCCGAUACGAGCUACAUUCGGUUGACUUUCUUCUACGAUAGAAGCGUAUCAAUAAACCAAUUUUUGCAGAGAUGUAGCCGUUUACCGUUCUGACCGACCAGGGCGGUAACUGUUAUCAGUUUAAUGUAAUCAGCAAUCUUAAUCCUUUGUUUUCUUAUUAACCAUUAAGUUGUUAGCGAAGUAGUUGUGUUUAAUUUGCAAUUAUAUAUGUAGAAAAGUUGUAUGUUGUUAUUUGGUAUAGUUUUGCACAAAUUCAGCAUUGUGAUUGGGUAAGAUGGCUCACCUGAUGCGGAGCGCGCUCGUGAUCGGCCUCGGGAAAGACGACGAUGGCAUGUCGCUAGACGAAGGCAGACAGUCGCAGAGGCCGUACAGAUAUGGCAUGGUGUUACUGUGCGCAGGCGCACUGAUCAACUGGCUAGGCCUGGCGGAGGACUACGCGGAGCCGGUGCGCUAUGUGGGUGUUGCCUGCAUCGUCGCCGGUGCGCUACUCAUCUGUGCCGCCAUGUGCUGCUGGCUGCAGUCGCCCGCCAGGCAACCUCAGCAUGACAGGGCAUCGCCUGAUACACAUCAGAUCGACGACCCCAUCCACGUAAUAUCAAUGCCAGACGACGAGAGCAUGCAACAAAAGCCGCCCGACUACGACACGGUGGCAGGCGCGCCUCCGACCUACGACGACGCCAUCAAGCUGAACCCCGCGCGGCUGCUGCAGCCCACCAGCAGCGCGCGCCACGACCCCGCGCCGCCCAUCCCCGGCCAGCUCGACGACGCUCCCCCCACCAUCCCCCCGCACACCGUCAUCGCCCCCGUCCACAGAACCCAAGUCCCCAAAACCCCACCCCCACCUUACAACCCUACACAUGCCAUCAGAUGAAAUCUCGGCUGGCAACCUGUGUCACUUUAAAUCGACUGCUGUUUCAUGUGAUGAACCUAGUUAGUUUAAAAGGACUAAGUACAAUUUUAUAACGAAUCCCCGUUAUAUUUGUACCUAUACAUAUCCACACAUGAAACGAUUUAUUAUUUUAUUUAUAUAGGUUAGUAGUAUAGUAGCAUGGAGGAAUAGAAGCGAUUGUACUUAUGUGAUAUUAUGAAAGUUGUAAUAUUUAGUUACUUGUCAUACCUACCUGUACAUAACAAUUGAGUUCUGUAUAAAGUUUUGCUAUGUAAGUUAAAAAAAAAUCUCUUCCAAUUAUUGUUUGUUCCAGACACCUUUGCUUUAAUAGCAUAUGAAAAUAACUGAUUGAUUAUAUUAUCUAAUACACUGUUUAGAAGCAAUAUUCUAGAAGGGUAGAAGCACUGUGCCAUUCUAAUUAGAUGUAUUUAUCCUAACACUAAAUACCAGCACACUCGUUAAAUGUUAAAGAUAAUAUAGUUUAUGAAAUCUUCCGCCCGGCCCGCGAGUGUUCAUGCAAGUACUCUUGCAUUAAGUAUGUUGAUGGUUAAGUGAUUUGUAAAUCAAUUAAUUUAAAAACUGGAUAUUAGAAAUGCUUAGCCUAUACCUACUAAUGUAACUAAUAUGAAGUUAUAUUUACGACUUCGCUGUGUAGGGAAUAUGGAACUCAUUUGAUGUAAGACAAUGAUAUGAUGUUAGAAAGUUCUUGUUUUGUACUAUAUCAUUGCAUUGACGUAAGAUAUGAAGAUUCCGUUCAGUUUUAUAAUUAUUCUAGUCGUAAGCAACAUAUUCGGAGGGACAAGUGUAUUUGUAAUUUGUACACAUUUUGAUUGCACAACUUGAAUUAGAUACUUAGUGAAAAUAAAUCUUAUUACGACCUAUAACGUGGCGAGUCAUCAUAUGAUCUCAUGUACCAUUAAUUUUAUUCAACAAACAUUUCCUAUCAUUUUAAAUAUGAAUGUUAAAUGCAUAAAAACAUAAAUAAUAUUGUAUUACAAUAUUGUCAUCAUUCCAAUCCGCUAAUGGCAAAUAUAGUUUCGGCUUAAUUGAUAAAAUACCUUGUCCCUUUUUGUUUUCUGUCCAUAAUAUUGACAAUACAAGCAGCCAUGCGUGUCGACUGCAGUUGAUUUGAAGAUCGUUAUCCAACGAAAAUCUUGUCAGUAUUUUUUAAAACAACCACAAAUCAUUCUUAGCAAGUCAUGUAAACGUGAUAUGUGUGUAUCUGUAGGGCGAUAAUUCCCCGUGUCAUUGGCCUAAACGCGAAAAUGACAGAAAUCAGAAAAACUUGAGCUUUGUUACACAAAAUAUUAAUGGGACCAAUACCUAGAAUAUUAAAAUAAUUACGUGUGCUUUUGCUAACAUUGUAACAACCGAUUCUUAUUGUGCGUGCCUGCAAGUUUUGUUUAGAAUUUUACAAUGCUGAAGUUGUGCAUUUAUUAUUUGUACAUUGUACAAACUAAAGGAAGUUAAGAUUGUACAUACAAAAUAAAUGUUGUUAAAUACUUAAUAAA